AUGAAAAUGGCAUUGAAAUCAACAAUCUCAUUCACAUUCUUAUCUAUAGUCAUGCUAGCACUAGCAAAUGGUUCUAAUGCUGGCAAAAUUGCAGUCUACUGGGGCCAGAAUGGAAAUGAGGGCACGUUAGCCGAGGCUUGUGCCACAGGUAACUAUGAAUACGUGAUCAUAGCCUUCUUACCGACUUUCGGCAAUGGCCAAACUCCGAUGAUCAAUCUAGCUGGUCAUUGUGAUCCAUACAGUAACGAAUGCAUCGGCUUAACCUCAGACAUCAAAUCAUGUCAAGCCAAAGGCAUCAAAGUAUUGCUGUCAAUAGGAGGAGGUGCUGGAAGUUACUCGAUUGCUUCAACACAAGAUGCAAGUGGUGUUGCAACUUAUCUUUGGAAUAAUUUCUUAGGUGGGAAAUCUUCCUCUCGCCCUCUUGGUCCUGCUGUUCUUGAUGGCAUUGACUUUGAUAUCGAAGGAGGAUCAAACCAACACUGGGGAGAUCUUGCCAGAUACCUUAAAGGAUAUAACAAGAAAGUUUACAUAACUGCAGCUCCUCAGUGCCCAUUUCCAGAUGCUUGGAUAGGAAAUGCACUUACAACAGGCCUUUUCGAUUAUGUUUGGGUACAAUUCUACAAUAAUCCUCCUUGUCAAUACAAUCCUAGUGAAAUUAGCAACUUUGAAGAUGCAUGGAAGCAGUGGAUAUCAGGUAUCCCCGCAAGCAAGAUAUUCUUAGGGUUACCUGCUUCUCCUACAGCUGCGGGAAGUGGCUUUAUUCCUGCAACUGAUCUUACUUCUACCGUGCUUCCAGCUAUUAAGGGUUCUGCAAAGUAUGGGGGUGUUAUGUUGUGGUCUAGGUAUGAUGAUGUUCAGAGUGGUUAUAGCUCCUCCAUCAAGAGCCAUGUGUGA